AUUGUUCGAUCCAUCGGAUUUUAAGAGAGUGUUUGCACUCAGUACAAUUUAUCUCGCAUUUCCGUUUCCUCCCCUCUCUCUGAUUCCUCCCUACCGUUUAAAUCCCACUACCAAUCGUCUCGCAAACCCUCCCUCGUGUCUGUCAUUGUCUCUUUCUCACUCCACCUCACUUUCCCUCUCUCUCUCUCUCUCUCUCUCUCUUAUCCUCCCGUACUCGCCCUUUUCCUUCCUCUUUAACAAAAGCCUUUAUUUAUAGACUUUGGCAAGUUUAUCUUCCUAUGUACUCUAUACGGUCUGGAUAAAAAAAUCGGAGUAUCACUUGUGUAGGAAGUGCACAAAUAUCGAAGGCGAAGGAGGGAGGAACAACGAGUGGCGCGGAAAAAAGAGGAGGAGUUUCGUCCUGGGAACGCUUUGAAAGAAAUUCUCUUGCGUUUUUGUCUGCCAUUCGCGUCACGGUUACCAUGAAAAUGUCAGACCACUGGUGAUUCAUUCGCUCAUUAACUCGUCUUUCAUUCGUUUCUCUCGAAGAGACGUUCUGUUUGACGAGUAGGUGAGUGUUUCGCGCUUCUUUUUCCCUCCCAAGAUUUUCGUGCAAGCUUCGUGAUAGCUACAUAUGUGAAUAUGUCGGCACAUUGAUAUUUACACUUGAUAGAAAUUCGUUGUGUAUAUAUUUAAGAUCAAUCGUGUUGUGUAGGUUAAGUAACGUUCGAAAUUUUACGUAUCGGUUCGUCACCGGUGUGUUGUCUUUAAAAGUCAUUAAUAGAUCUUUAUCGUAUCGCCAUUCGCGUACAAAUAAUGUACUAUCGUUGAAUAUAUGAUAUUUGUGAUAUUUCUCAAAUUAUGAAAAUGUCUUUGUUUAUAACAUGGCACGGACAUAAAGUUAGUGAACAACUUUCUCUUGUGUCAAAUCAAUUGAAUUGUGAAUCUUUUUGCGUGUUAACUGUGAAAUUUGCUUAGUAAUUUACUUAGCCUAAUGUACAUUAAGUAACCUAUAAAAGUCAUUAUUUUGAGUUUGCUGAUCGACAGUUACAUUGGACACAAUUUAUUUUCUUUCGAGAUGAUGGAGGAACUAUUGAAUUGUGGCAGCACGCCGUCCAAGGAAAGUAGUUUUCCAGACAGUAAUGAUUUAAAUUCUACACCUAUAUCUAAUUUAGAUGAAAGGAUAUUGGAUGUUAACGCACGGCAGUCUUCAAAUGCCAGAACUUCAUCUACGAAAAAGGCUAAAAGAGUUCGAUUUUUUCGAAAUGGUGACAAAUUUUAUACUGGUGUCGUUAUGGCGGUGACACAUGAAAGAUACCGCAGUUUUGAUAGUUUAGCUUCUGAUUUAACAAGAGCUUUAGUAUCAAGUGUAACAUUACCUAAUGGAGUUAGAGCAAUUUAUACCAUGGAUGGAAGAAAAAUACAAAAUAUUUCAGAAUUAGAAGAUGGUAAAUGCUAUGUAGUUUCUGGACAAGGAGAAAUUUUUAAAAAGGUAGAAUAUUCAUCCUCAAAAGUGAAAAGAGGAAGUUCGCUUUCCGGUUUACCUCAGUCUGCAACUAGUACUGGCAGACAAAUAAGCGCUAUCCCUUUGUGCGUGAAAGCUAGAAUAGUAACAUUGAUACGACACGGUACCAAACCAAGAAAGGUAGUACGUCUGUUAUUGAACAAGAGAAAUGCACCAAGCUUGGAACACGUAAUGGAGGCUAUUACAGAGGUAGUGAAGCUUGAUUCUGGAGCUGUGAGAAAAGUAUAUACUUUGUCAGGCCAGCAAGUUACCUCUUUGGAACAAUUCUUUGAAAGUGAUGAUAUCUUUUUGGCAUAUGGAACAGAAAAGUCGAAUCAGGAGGAUUUUGAAUUAGAUUUCGAAGAAUCCAAAUGUGUUCAAAGUUUCCGUAGAUGUCCAUGGAUUUCGAAUAGACAGAAUGGUCCAAUGCCAAGGAUGCCACGAAAAUCUGGCAAAAAGGUCCUUACUACACCUCAAGUUAGAACGCCAAGUCCAUCUUCUUUAAUUUUACCUCAACCGCUACGUUUACAUUAUGCUGUGGGCCACGUAAUCGGAGAUGGAAAUUUUGCUGUAGUGAGACACUGCAUUCACAAAGCUACAGGCGCAGAAUAUGCUAUGAAAAUUGUGGAUAAGUAUAAAUGCCAAGGGAAGGAAACGAUGUUGGCGAGUGAAGUUGCAAUUCUGCGUCAGGUAUGUCAUCCAAACAUAAUUAGCUUGAUCGCGGAACAGGAAACAAUGGAUCAAUUGUUUUUGGUCAUGGAACUCGUGAAGGGUGGUGAUUUAUUUGAUGCAAUAGCUGCUGCUACAAAAUUUUCAGAAGCUGAAGCUAGUGUGAUGAUAGGACAUUUAACAUCCGCUUUAGCAUAUCUACACUCUCAUCAUAUUGUACAUCGUGAUGUUAAACCAGAAAAUCUUUUAGUUGAAAUGGAGGGUAGUCAUGUUCGGUGUUUGAAAUUAGGAGAUUUCGGGCUUGCACAAAUAGUGAGAGAAAAUCUUUAUACCGUGUGCGGAACACCGACAUAUGUAGCACCCGAGAUACUUGCAGAAACUGGAUACGGUUUAAAAAUCGACGUCUGGGCAGCCGGAGUGAUAUUAUAUAUAUUAUUAUGUGGUUUUCCACCAUUCGUUUCGCCAGAAAAUGAACAAGAAGAAUUAUUUGAACGUAUUUUAAGUGGGCAAUACGAGUUCACUUCACCUUACUGGGACACAAUUUCCGAUUCUGCUAAACAAUUAAUCACAAAUAUGCUACAGGCACAACCAGAACUUAGGUUCAGUGCGGAAGAUGUACUUGAUCAUCCGUGGCUAGCGCAGAGCUUUCUAGGAGGCAAGCAGACCUCAACAACAUCUACCGACUCGACGGAGCAAUACGGGGAUCAGCAGUGUAAGCCGAUAAGGCUGGCCACAUUUGAGUUUGACUAUAAGAAGCAAAGAAAAAAUGAUGGUUCUCAAGAAAAUGUGCGGAUGAAUGAUAUAUGCGGUAAUAGCAAAAGGCCUAAUCAGAAUAACGUCAUGCCAUCAUCUUUCGAUGAUAAUUUGAUAUUUGAUAUGAAUCGUUAUCAAUCGAGAGCUACUACAGAUAGCAGAGAUGAAAUCUAUUUGGCUAGUGAUAUCAACUGUGAGGACGGACCUAUGUCUCUAAGUGCUGAUUGCUUGCAAGAUAUUCAUGCUCUUGGCCAGUCUGUACACAAUCUUAUUAACACUCUUAAUAAAAACGAAGAUCUUGAAGAUUCAUCAAGAUUAUCACACAGUACAACUUCUUCAAUGAGCAGUAUUCCUAAGAAUAUAAAUUUAUCUUUACGUAAAGAUAAUUCCACGUCAUUAAUAUGCGAUUACAAUAAUAGCUCCUCUUUUCACAUUGAUACACCUUCUAAUAAAAGUGUUCACUUAUCGAGAAUAACUACGUUAAAUAAAAGAAAUGGAAAUUCAUUGAGUGAUAUCAAUUUUAAGGAAGAUACGCCAGGCAUUAAGAUUUUUCAGUUAAGUAAAAAAAUAGAGAGCAAACGACACAAUAAAAGAAGUGCAAGAAGUUAUGAAAACUCGAAUCUAUCAUCUAAUACGAAGUCUAUCUAUAAAAGUGACGAUCUCAAGAAUUGCAAUGCAGUAUCGUCUUCGAGCGAUAGUUUUACUGGUAGUUCCAGUAAUGAUAUAGAAACAUCUGACAGUUUUGUAAACAUUCAGUUUGCACAAUCAGCAUAUAGCCGAAAAUCAAGUUCAAUUCAAAGUAUGGAAUCUACCGAUAGCUUCGAGAAUAUAAGCAUGUCCCCUAAUCAAGAUAUUAAAUGCAAUAAUGCGAACGAUCCAAAUCAAAAUAGUUGCAAAGAAGUUGAAGUCGCAAAUGAUGAGGUAUUGAAGAAGAAGAUCAAUUUUAAAAACGAUACGUCAAAAAUACCCAAGGUGCGAAAUCUUCAUACAGACGAUAAGACAAAUUCUGUCAAUAACGCGACGAAAGGGCAAGAUUUAUUAAGACAUUCAAAGAACGGCGUAUCAUCUUUCGGAGAGGAUAAUCCGUCGAGGAUAAAAGCAAGUAUAAAAAAUUCGGUGAAAGUUAAAAGAUUUAGCUAUAUUCCUCAAUACUCGACAAAGAAAUCCAUUGAGAGUAGUGUCGAUAUUAGUAAUUCAUCCAAUUAUACGGAUAGAAAAGAUGGACGAAAAUUUCGUUCUACUGAUGAAUUACGAAAUGAGAAACAAAAACAAGUUAAGCCAAAACGAUUUAGUCUUUAUUAUACGCCCCAACUGUCACGGAAAACGUACGAGACAGAGUUGAAAGACGUUAAAAAUACGUGUAAGAAUUCUAAUAUCGAUAGUAAUAAUGAACGGCACAAUAAUGUUAAAUUGGCCGACAUUGGUAACAAAAGAAAAGAUGAUAUAUCCAAAUACGACGAGCACAAAAAUUUUAGAAACCGAAGAUCUGUUAUAGAUGCAUCGACAGUCGCUAGCAGAAGUAAAACAAAUAAAUAAGACAUUAGACGUAUGAUAUUUAAAACGUUACGCAAUAUCAAGCUGGAAAAAUAUGGAAAUGUAUAGAUCACAAAUGUAUUAUUAAGAAGAUGGGCUUAAUGCCCAAAAAUGUCCAAAGGUGUAAUAAUGAUUAAGUUAACAUAGUUCUAAUAAUGGUGUAAUGGUAUUAGAGGAAAAAAAGGAAAAAGAAAAAAAAAAAAAAAGUGACAUCGUUUGUUCUCGGGUUUGAAAUAAGUAACUGUGAUUAGAACAGAUGGGACGCAAAUACAAACGAGACAUGCCAAAUGCAUUUAAAUAGAGUAUUUUCUAUUUGAUAAGUGUACGUAGUUUGAAUAAUAUAUAAGCGACAUGGUAGAGGAUUAAGCUUUCCAAGAAAAUGUAAGUGCAUACGUAAUUAAAGUUAUAGUCCAUAAUUAGACAAUGUACUCUUGACUGAGUACAUACUACCAUUUUUAUCUGAUUAGUAGAAAAAGAAAAAAGUCAAAAAAUCAUAACGCAUGUUUCCCUUUUAGGAUAUGUUCAUAUAAAUGAUUAUUAGUGACAAAAUUUGUGCUAUAUGGAAAUAGAAACUUAAAUGAGAUUCGCCAACCAAUAUAAUGUGUACUACGUUCACUUGUAAAGCCAAAAUAGAAAAUGUAUUAUGUAUUGAGAUACAAAAUAGCCAACAUCUAUAUACAUGAAUGUACAUUAAUAAGCUGUCUGUUUCCAAUUAAUAAUAUAUUCACAGUUCUUAAAGACAAAAAGUCCCUUUUCGUUUAAUAGGCUUAUGUUCCUGCGAUUCGACGCUAGAACGAGCUUGACGAUCGAAAUUACAGGGGGGGGGGGGGG